GGGCUGAUUAGAGGGCAGAGGAGGGAAGGAGGGAUCGCUUGGUAGGAGGGGUCCUUUGGGUUUAGGAGUUUCUCCUGGAGGUUGGAGAUCCCACCUCUCACGGAUUGCGGGGGUCCUUCUGAAGGAUCGAGGACCCUCUGGUUUGGAGGUCCAUCUGGGAGCAAGAAGAAAGGAAGAGCAGGAGGAGGAGGGAGAUGUUUGACUGGGAUCUCCUAAAAAUGAAGUCCAUCGAGCCCUAUCAGGAAAUCGUGGAAGAAUAUUUGGUCAAAACCAAGAACUAUAUAAAUGGACACUGCACCAAAUAUGAGCCCUGGCAGCUGAUUGCGUGGAGCAUCUUCUGGACCUUGAUUAUUGUGUGGCUCUAUGGCUUUCUCUUCCAGACUGAGAGCUUAUCUUCAAGGGUCCAAAAGAAGAUUUUUAGAAUCAUCAGAAAAGCUCCUAUUAUUGGUAAUAAGAUCCAGCAGAGACUUAACAAAGUCAAGGAAGAUGUUCUCAAGACUCUGUCCUUCCUCAAAGUGAACCACGAGUAUGUGAAAAAUCUGCCGAGCGAAGGCUUGAGCACAGCCGACAUCCUGGAGAAGCUCAAGGAUUACCGCUCUCUGGAAAAUUCACAUUGGGAAGAUGGGAGAGUCUCGGGAGCAGUGUACAGCGGGGACGAGAAACUCACCCAGCUUCUUGUAAAGGUUUAUGGAGAUUUUGCAUGGAGCAAUCCAUUACACCCAGAUGUCUUCCCAGGGAUUCGGAAGAUGGAGGCAGAGGUUGUGAGGAUAGUUUGCAACCUCUUCAAUGGCGGACCAGAUUCUUGUGGUUGUGUGACGUCGGGCGGGACGGAGAGCAUCCUGAUGGCCUGCAAAGCCUAUCGAGACCUCGCUUAUGAAAAGGGCAUCAAAGUUCCAGAAAUUGUGGCUCCUGUCAGUGCCCAUGCUGCAUUUGAGAAGGCAGCCCAUUAUUUUGGGAUGCAGCUGAUAAGGAUCCCACUGAAAAAGAAUAUGGAGGUGGAUGUCAAGGCCAUGAGAAGAGCCAUUUCCAGUAACACUGCGAUGCUCGUCUGCUCCACGCCUCAGUUCCCCCAUGGGGUAAUGGAUCCCGUUCCUGAAGUGGCCAAGCUGGCUCUCAGGUAUAAAGUCCCUCUCCAUGUAGAUGCCUGUUUGGGGGGCUUCCUCAUUGUCUUCAUGCAGAAAGCUGGAUACCCACUAGAUCUUCUGUUUGAUUUCCGGGUAAAUGGAGUGACCAGCAUUUCAGCAGAUACGCAUAAGUACGGCUACGCACCCAAAGGCUCGUCGGUGCUGAUGUACAAGAACAAGGAAUACAGGCGCUACCAGUUCUUCGUCAGCUCCGACUGGCCGGGGGGCAUCUACGCGUCUCCCAGCAUGUCGGGCUCGAGGCCCGGAGGCAUUGUCGCAGCCUGCUGGGCCACCCUCAUGCACAUGGGCCUCAGCGGCUACGUGGAGGCCACCAAGAGCAUCAUCAGGACCGCCCGCUUCCUCAAGUCAGAGCUGGAAAAAAUCAAAGGCAUCUUUGUCUUUGGGAACCCCCAGUUGUCCGUCAUCGCCCUCGGCUCUCGUGACUUUGACAUUUUUCGUCUUUCUAAUCUCAUGACUGCCAAGGGUUGGAACUUGAAUAUUUUGCAGUUCCCAUCGAGCAUCCACAUCUGCAUCACGCUGCUCCACACGCGCCCCAAGGUUUCCAUGCAGUUUCUGAAGGAUGUCCGGGAGUCCGUCACCCAGAUCAUGAAGAACCCCAAGGCCAGGACCACCGGCCUGGGCGCCAUCUACGGUAUGUCCCAGACGGUGUCUGACAGGAAGAUGGUGGCAGAACUGACAGAGGCCUUCUUGGACAGUCUCUACAUCACCGACACGCCUCCGGGCAGCCCGAAGAACGGCUCCCCCAAGCCCCACUGAUGGGCCCGGCUGGCCUUGCCAGGCUCCGGCCUGGGCUGAUCUCGCGAGGGAGCAGGCCGCUCUGCCCGGGCAGCCGUGCACAUUCCACCAGAGGAGCCGCUGGGGCAUCUGGGCAGGGGGCUCUCCUUUUACCCCCUCCACGUCCCGGGGCUGCUUUUAAUUUGAACCCAACGGAAGGGUUUCCUUCUUUAAUGAUCUCGUCCCUGUUUUCAUCCAUUCCUAGGCCUUUUAUUGGGGGCACCUUCACCCUCCUCUAGUGAUUUCGUGGCUGCUCAUCAGGGAGGCUGGGGCACUCCGUCUGGCCUCCCUGGGGGCCUUUCUUCUUCCUUGGCCGAGCACGGAGGUUUUCUUUGGCCCUCCUCCUCCUCCUUUCUCUGGGGCCCACUGGGGAGGACCACGGCCCAUCGCUGGUUAGCUAGUAGGAGGCGCUGCUCCUGGUGGGAGGAGGCCGGAUGGAGGGGUCCGGCUCAGGCCUGCCAUCCCACCGGAGGGAUGCUGGCCUGGACUUCUCUCUCCACUGGGCCACCAGAGAUCCCCUUCGCUCCUGGUUUUCCCUCUCCUUCCCGGGCUGCGCCUCUUGGGGCUUGCCCGCUCCUGGGAUGGGCUCAGCUCCUGCACAGGUUGGAUGGAGACAUUCCCCCCCCCUCCACCCCUGGCGUUUCUGCCUAUCAGAGGGGGAGCCGGCGGGGAGGAGACAAAAGCCCCGUUUUUGCUCUCCCCUCAUGCCCUUGUCCCUUUGGCUCCAAACCAUCCUGUGCGUAAAACUGGUACAAGAGUCGGGAUCCCGACGACGUGAAGGCACGUGUUAAAGGGCAUUCACCAAUUUGCCUUGACUUCUUCUGGCUGCUUUUGGGGGGGGUCUUAUCCGAGGGGGGUCCCACACCCCACCCCACACCCCACCCCACACCCUACUCCACACCCCAUACCCCAGGCCUAGUUCAUGCCCCAGACCUUGCUUAACUCCCUGUGGUACCCAUGGCCGCCACACCUCGGCCCGGUCCUUAGACUCCUGGCUUUCUCUCUUACCCCUAGCGGAAAGGUGCAGGUUCAGGGCAGCA